CGGGGGUACCGCCGCCCCACGGCAGCGGGCAGCGGGCACGCCGCUGGGAGCGGGCGCCGAGAAAGUUUGGAUCCGGAUACUGCUGAGGGAGGCGUGGAGGCUAUCAAUUAGAUGUUGAUAUGUAAAGCAAAAUGGCAAAAAUCAACACCCAGCACUCCUACCCUGGCAUGCAUGGACUGUCUGUCAGAACUACUGAUGAAGAUAUUGAAAGGAUUGAAAAUGGCUUUAUCAGAACCCAUUCACUGUGUGAGGAUACAUCUUCAGAACUGCAGAGAGUCAUUUCUAUGGAGGGAAGACAUCUAUCUGGAUCACAAGCGAGCCCAUUCACAGGCAGGGGAGCAAUGGCAAGGCUGUCACGAUUUGUCGUAUCUCUGAGGUCGUGGGCCACAAGACAUCUGCACCGUGAAGACCAAAGGCCUGAUUCUUUCCUAGAGCGUAUCCGAGGGCCAGAGCUUGUAGAGGUGUCCAGCAGGCAAAGUAACAUCCGCUCCUUCCUGGGCAUCCGUGAACAGCCUGGGGGAGUAAACGGCAAAAAGGAAGAAAAGAAAGAGGUUAAAGAGGAAAAGAAAGAGGAAAAGAAGGAGGAAAAGAAAGAGGAAAAGAAAGAUGAUAAAAAAGAUGACAAAAAAGAUGACAAAAAAAAGGAAGAGCAGAAGAAAGAGGUCUUUGUGAUUGAUCCUUCAAGCAAUAUGUACUACAACUGGCUGACCAUAAUUGCAGCACCUGUGUUCUAUAACUGGUGUAUGCUUAUAUGCAGAGCCUGCUUUGAUGAGCUACAAAUUGACCAUAUUAAAUUAUGGCUGUUCCUGGACUACUGCUCUGAUAUCAUCUAUGUUUUUGACAUGUUUGUCAGAUUCAGGACAGGCUUCCUUGAGCAAGGCUUGCUGGUAAAGGACGAAAAGAAGUUACGAGAUAAUUAUACUCAAACUGUGCAGUUCAAGCUGGAUGUGCUGUCUCUUCUGCCAACAGACCUGGCGUAUCUGAAGCUGGGUUUGAACUACCCUGAGCUGCGAUUUAACCGCUUGCUGAGGAUUGCUCGCCUGUUUGAAUUUUUUGACCGCACAGAAACCAGGACAAAUUAUCCAAACAUGUUUCGUAUUGGAAAUCUUGUCUUGUACAUUCUUAUCAUCAUCCACUGGAAUGCGUGUAUUUACUUUGCAAUUUCAAAGGUAAUUGGCUUCGGAACCGACUCUUGGGUCUACCCCAACGUAUCCAUCCCAGAGUAUGGGCGCCUGUCGAGAAAGUACAUUUACAGCCUGUAUUGGUCAACGCUGACGCUAACAACCAUUGGGGAAACUCCUCCGCCUGUGAAGGAUGAGGAGUAUCUCUUUGUGGUCAUUGACUUCCUGGUGGGCGUGUUGAUCUUCGCUACUAUCGUCGGUAACGUGGGCUCCAUGAUUUCCAACAUGAAUGCCUCCAGGGCGGAGUUCCAGGCCAAAGUCGAUUCCAUUAAACAGUACAUGCAUUUCCGAAAAGUAACGAAGGAUUUGGAAGCCAGGGUUAUUAAGUGGUUUGAUUACCUCUGGACCAAUAAGAAAACAGUGGAUGAAAAGGAAGUUCUCAAAAAUCUGCCCGACAAGCUGAAAGCUGAAAUCGCCAUCAAUGUCCAUUUGGACACACUGAAGAAAGUGCGUAUAUUCCAGGAUUGUGAAGCAGGACUGCUCAUUGAGCUGGUGCUGAAAUUGAAACCUACUGUCUUCAGUCCUGGGGACUACAUAUGCAAGAAGGGAGAUAUUGGGAGGGAAAUGUACAUUAUAAAGGAGGGAAAACUGGCAGUGGUGGCAGAUGAUGGUGUAACUCAAUUUGUAGUCCUGAGUGAUGGCAGCUACUUUGGUGAAAUCAGCAUCCUCAACAUCAAAGGCAGCAAAUCGGGCAACAGGAGGACAGCCAACAUAAGGAGUAUCGGUUAUUCAGAUUUGUUCUGCUUGUCUAAAGAUGAUUUAAUGGAAGCCCUCACAGAAUACCCAGAAGCCAAAAAGGCUCUGGAAGAGAAGGGCCGACAAAUUCUGAUGAAAGACAAUUUAAUAGAUGAGGAAGCAGCAAAAGCAGGAGCUGACCCAAAAGACUUGGAAGAAAAAAUAGACAGGCUUGAAACAGCCCUAGAUACACUGCAGACAAGGUUUGCAAGGCUCUUGGCAGAGUACAGCUCUUCUCAACAAAAAGUUAAGCAGAGACUUGCCAGAGUAGAAACCAGAGUGAAAAAAUACGGUAGCGGCACCUUAUCCGUUGGAGAAGAAGAGCCUGAAAAACCCGGGGAGCAGAAAAAGGACUGAUAGAGUAUUUAUAUUUCAUUACUUAAUGGAGAAGGUUGGAAUGUGUGAAAGCCAUAAAUGUAUAUAAAUACGUGUGUGCAUACAUAGCCAUGAUUAUUUUUAUAUGGACUGGAGAAUGGUUUUUAGCAUUUUUAACUGAAGCAGAAUUUUCUUGUAAAUAGGAUAAUGUCACCUUCUUCGUAGGGGAGAUUCGGUCCAUCAUUUGGGUACAUUUUUGUACUGGGAGUGGAUUUCUUCUAAGUUAUGCUCAGACCAUCCGGUGCAUGUAUGGCAUGUGUAGGUCUUGACACACUGUCUCUUCACACACAUGUUGCGUUAAGAAGGCAUUAUACUUAAAGUAGAGGGAUUAUUACGAUUCUUUUUUUUUAAGGCUUUGAAAAUAUUUAUAGGGUACAUGUUCCUAGAUUGUUAAAUGCAUGGGUACACAUCCUGGCUUCUCAGAAUCUUUCUUCUUUCACAGUGAAGCAAUCUGCACAAGCUGUAGGACUACAGCUAAGAAGCCUGUUUAGCUCUGUGUACAACAAUCCUCACUUGAGAGGGAAUCCCCAAAAGCUCACUGAUGGAAGAUGUCUGUUUAACAAUAAAGCUUUACAAAACCUGGGAAGAGCAAAGAGUGUCUUGCAGCUCCUGGACACUUGGUUUGCUCAGUACUGGAGGGACACUGCUAGGAAGUUUUGCUGCCCAGAGAGGUGGUGGAUGCCCUGAAUGUGGAGACACUCGAGGUCAGGCUGGAUGGGGCUCUGAGCAACCUGAUGUAGCUGUAGGUGUCCCUGUUCAUUGCAGGGGAGUUGGACUAGGUGGUCUUUAAGGAUUCCUUUCAACUCUAACAAUUCUGUAAGCUGCUAGGACUGCAGGAAAGGCUGUCCCUGUCCCUUCCUUCCCCAUUGGGUUCCUGCAAGCUGGGAACAAACCCUCUGUUGCGAAGUCUUUCCUGGCAUUGGAUCUGUUUUCUUUAUUUCAUUAACUAACACAGGUAGAACCACUCCAAGUAUUACUUACACCAAACACGCACCUGCCAAAGCCCCGCUCCCCACCAAAGAAAAGAAACUUGUUCACCAGAUGGGUCCAACAGCUUCAGCCAUCAGGGAAAGUGUUUGCUGUUCCCUUUUCCUUUCUCUUUGCUUAUCACAUGCCAGAAAAAGAGCACUCCUGAUAUAAUUGGCUUUGGUCACUUUAAAAUGUGUAGCUUUUGGCACUGUGAAAUCACAUCCUUUGCCGUCUUUCAUCUCUGUAAGACACUUGUUUCCCCUUAAUGUGGAUACACCAUGUACAUUAAAUUAUUUUGAGUAGCACUGUGUUUUUUUCACCCCUCACCCUGCUUUUUUAGUGUUUCAUCACAGACUUCAGCAGUUCCAGUAGUACGUAGCCCAGAAGAUCCUGAUGUGACAGAAAUCCAAGUGGGGACCACUGCAUUCUGUGCUUACUGCAGGGCAUCUGGGGCAGCACCCUGCUUCGGUGCCCAGCUCUCCACGCCCCGAGGCACAGCAAGGAUGGAGCCUCAUCCAGCAGAAAUACACACUUACAACUUCCUGCUACCCAAAGCUCCUCCCCUGGCAGGAGCUGGGCUGAUCCUUGAGCCCACCCAAGAGCACAAAAGCACAGAACAUGAAAGCUGUUAGGGAAUACUUAAACACAGCCUGAAAUGACAACCAGCAGUUGCCAACAUUCGUGCUCAGUUCAGUGAGCCCAGUACCCACUUCGCACCUUAGCACCAGACAGAACCUGGGGAGGAACUGAGGACUAUGUUUGGUAGUGUUGCUCGAAGAGGAGACCCAGGGGUUUUAAUAUCUGCUGCAGGUGCAGGAGGGCCAGACUGAGGGAGCAACAAUGGAAAAGGGUGAUGACAGCAAACCAGCACGUGUGCAUACACACAGCCAC